GUGUGGCAUUAGUUAUCACUUUGAUUCUCUCGCUGGGUGUUACGCUUCGCCAUUUUAUGUCAGUUUUAUCGAAUAAAUCGGCUGGUUGGACUUUUCGAAACGCUAUGUGUGUGAAAAUCGCGAGUUUCCGUGCGGUUCUAUGUUAAAAUGUGUGUAGUUUAUCCGCAUAAGGUCUCUAUUCGCACCGGGCCAUCUUGGAUCAUCUAAAGGUCGAAAGUGAGCCACCGACUGCGCCAUGCCGCUGCCGAAACGGGUGAUAGAACCGAUUCACGUGACGCGCGGCACGUUGCCUGAAGACUACCCGCUCCCCUCGGAGCUUGAGGGCGUCACCAACGGCACUUUAGCCAACACGGUGCGACAGCUCAGUUCUCUGAGCCGACACGCCGAGGAUAUGUUUGGGGAGCUGGCCAGGGACGCGCAGCAGCUCUACGACAGGUCCAACUCCUUGCAAGCGAGAAUUGACCGACUAGCGAUAAAAGUGACCCAACUGGACAGCACUGUGGAAGAAGUGUCCUUGCAGGACAUACACAUGAGAAAAGCCUUCAAAAGUUCCACAGUUUUCGAUCAGCACGAUAUCCGUAAGAGGAAGGCGUUCAAGAGCUCGACAAUGUUUGAUCAGCAUAUCUUCGCUAGGCCGACCAUGCCUACUGCAAUGCACGAAACCUACGCCGUCUGCGAUCGACCUCCGCCCCUGGACAAGCUAAAUUGCUACAGGGACGAUGGAAAAGACGGCCUUAAAUUCUACACGGACCCAAACUACUUCUUCGAGCUGUGGCGACAAGAAAUGCUCAUCGAUACGGAACGCAUGAUGCACGAUCGAGGAAAAAAGCCGCACAAGCCUCGCGCAGAAGGUGGCCAGGGCCAACGCAGCAAAAAGAAGGUGCGCCUGCCGCACAACACCAGGGAAAGGCAGAAGCAGAUCGCGGUCGGCCACGGGGAGACUAUCAUGAAUCCCAGCGCCAUCUACAGGACCCCCCAACAAAUCCAGCAGCUCCACCCGGACGACAUGAUGCUGGCAGAUCAGCAGCGCCCCCCUCGCCCGAACUCCAUAGAAAUAAGGAGAUCUUACGGCGGUCCCGGGCAAGAGAUGCCGGACGGCAUGCCAUCGCCGGCGGCGUACCACCACUACGACGAGAAUCCCUAUUCGCAAGGCAUGAUGCAGGGCAUGUACGGGCAAGGUCCUUUGAGUUCGGAGUCCUUGAACAUGCCCGGCACGCCGACGAGGAAAAUCCGGCCGAGUCAGCCGCCCCCGGCGCCGCCUAGCAACGGGAGCACGCCCAGUGCCAACACGCCAACAAGAGGUCGCAGCAUGUCGACGGGGCGCGACACCCUGCCUCCUCCGCCGCCGCCCCCCGAAGCGGUAUCCUCCCCGCCGAACGGGUUGCCGGCGCAUCUCGCCCGCCAAUCGAGCCAAUCGCCGCGCAGCCAAUCGCCCGCCCCCGAUCCGCAGCAGGACCUGCCGCCGCCGCCGCCCGCGCCCAAACAACAAUCGCCUCCCAAGCAGCAGCAGCCCGCGGUCGCCGCUCCCCCGCCUCCGCCGCCGCCGCCUAUGCCGAUGGUGAACGGCGGCGGGGCGGCGCAAGGUUCGCCGCCGCAGGCUCUCAUGAACGGCGUCAUGGGUAAUUUGGCCCACAUUCUCAACUCGACGCCGCCGAAGCUGACGCCCGUCAAGGACAGGCAGAUCGCGCAGAAGCCGCCGCCCAUGGCCGAUCCCAGGAACGAUUUGCUCAAGGCCAUCAGGGAUGGCAUCAAGCUGAGAAAGGUGGAGAAGAGCGAACAAAAAGAAGUGGAACGCGGCAACGGGCUGCACGAUGUCGCUAGCAUACUCGCGCGACGCGUCGCCGUCGAACUGAGCGACACGGACUCGGGCAGCGAUUCCGACAGCGACAACGAGGGCUGGGGCGAGAACGAGACGUCAGCGUGACACCAGCGCAAGGCUAGCGCGUCUAGCCAGCCGGUCUACUAGCGAGAACAUAGCGCCGAAAAAUCGAACAUGCUCGACGAGUAAGUCCAUUAUAACACCCACACUAAAAUUCCUUUCGACGUUUUAAUAUAAUAUAAAAUACGGAUUUUUUUUUAUCGAAAAUUGAAGCGUUUUAUAUUGUGGUACAUGGUACAUGCUCCACUUGCACAUGCAUAUGUACAAAGCAGCUCAUACUAUAAUAAUACAAAAAGUCGAGAUGGUUUAAAUCGCAACACUUCGGCGGCCAAUUUGCUCUCGCGAUUUGAUUUUUCGCUGCGUGAGGCUAGGCCACAACGAAUUUAUUUACGAUGCCGAUAGAGGGCGCUUUUAGCGCUUCCAUUAUGUAAUGUACAAAAAUGGUUUUUAUGUUAAACUUGCGGGUCGGCUGUUAAAAGACAGGUUCACUUCGAUGCGAUUUAGUUGUGCGCUUUUAAAUUUUUAUUCGGUAAUAAUCACCGCUGUUUUUUUUUAUUUUUAAAUUUUGUUUUAUUUAUUAUUUUAUUAAUUUAUCGAGUGAAAUUUUAAGAGUCUAAACUAAAUUGAAUUAAUACGUAAUGAAUAUUGAAUGUUUGUUUAAAAAACUGAUUUUUUGAGAUUGUUUGUUUUGUGAAUAAAUUUCUAAUUUUGAAUUUUUAUUACUGGAAAACAACAUAGAAAUUAUUUUUUUUUAUUUGUCUGUCUAAAUAUCAGGGUAAAAUAACAAAUUCCUUAUUUUUGGCUAGAUACUGUAAAUUAUUUAAAAAAAUUACCUAACGGCCUUUUCAUAAAUAACUUAACACCUAAUAAAGGUCAAGUCAUGCAAAUUUCUAAUUUUUUACGUUUUGAAGCCACCAUAAAAUCAUAAAAAUCAUGAUUUUGGUCAUUUGGCAUCUGUCAUUUUUUAUAUUUGACAUCAUAUGGAAAAAAUGAUAUCCGUUAUAGCUUAUUUUUGCCAUUCGUCAAUUUGACAUCUGACAUCUGUUAUUUUUGACAUUUGACAUUCUUGGCAUCUGUCACUUCAGAUGGCAUAAAUUACACCUGUCAUAGCUCAUUUUUGAUAUUUUUUAUAUCCUUCACUUCAGAUGACAAAAAUGACAUCUGUUAUGGUUAUGGUUAUUCUCAUUUUUGUCAUCUGUCAUUUUUGAUAUUUGACAACUGUCAUUUUUCACAUACGUAUGACACCUGUAAUGUUUGCCAUCGGAUCUCUGUUAGAGCUCAUUUUUGUCAUCUAUCAUUUUAACAUUUGACAUCCGUCACCUAAGAUGCCAAAAGUGUCAUAUGUCAUAGCUCAUUUUUGUCAUCGGUCAUUUUUUGACAUUUGGCAUCUUUGAUUUUUGACAUUUUGAACACUGUCAUUUUAAACAUUUGACAUUUACCAUUUUUGACAUCUGUCAUUUUUAUCAUUUGUCAUUUGUUAUAGCUCAUUUUUGUCAUCUUACAUCUGUCAUUUUUGACAUUGUCACUUCAGAUGACAAAAAUGACAUCUG